AUGUCGGCUCAAGCAUCUGCAUCAGGCGCUGGAGGGAGCGGAAGUGCAGCAGCAGCUCCUCCACCCGGAAAACUCUCGCGUGCCGAGUUCCGGCGUCAAAAGGACCUUGAGGAAGAUCGUAAAGCCGGUCGCGCCCCCGCCGAACUCGACGAGGAUGGCAACAUCAUCAAUCCACACGUCCCCUCGUAUAUGGCUCAAGCGCCAUGGUACAUGGAUACCGGCUCACGCUCGCUCAAGCAUCAAAAGAAGCCCGUCGACCCCUACGCGGUUAAAGCCGGCAUCAACGAUUGGUAUCAGCGCGGCGCUCCUUCCUCCUCGUCGACCGCAGCUGCACCCGUGCCCAAAAAGUUCAGAAAGGGUGCUUGCGAGAAUUGCGGGUCCAUGUCACACAAGACCAGAGACUGCUUGGAGCGGCCCAGGAAGAAAGGAGCAAAGAAGCUGGGCAAGACACUAGCGGGAGACCACAUGCUGCAAGAGGUGCAAGGCUUGGACUACGCAGCCAAACGAGAUCGCUGGAACGGGUACGACCCAGCCGAGCACCAAAAGGUGGUCGAAGAGUUCGAAGCCAUCGAGCAAGAACGCAGGCGUCUGAAAGAGGAGCAGAUCGACAACCAGACCUCUUCCGAUCUCAAGCACGCCAAGCGUCUCGCUCAGAAGCAGGCCAAAACCAAGUCCACCAGCAACGGAGACGGCGACGAUGGCGCUCUCGACUUCAGCUCCUCCGACAGUGACGACAGUGACGACGAUAAGUACGCCGACAAAGCCGAUGCGGUCGGACAGAAAGUCGACACGGACAAGCGCAUGACCAUCCGCAACCUACGUAUCCGAGAAGACCGCGCCAAGUAUCUGUACAACCUCGACGUCAACUCGGCCUACUACGAUCCCAAGACACGCACAAUGCGCGAGGCGCCCAACCCCAACAUCCGUCCCGAAGAUGCUGAAUACGCUGGCGACAACUUUGCGCGAGCGCAGGGGUCUGAAUCGGGGGCGCUGGCCAACUUGCAACUCUUCAGCUGGCAGGCAGAGGCGCGCGGGAACGAUCUCAACCUGCAAGCUAACCCCACAGCGAAUGAGCGCCAGUAUCGAGAGUUUCAGCAGCGCAAGGAGAAGUUGCGCGAUGAGACCAAGGGUAGUAUUUUGGACAAGUACGGUGGGGCAGAACACUUUGAUGCGUUGCCCAGGGAGCUGUUGACCGGACAGACGGAGCAGUAUGUUGAGUACAACCAGGCUGGUAAGCUCGUGAAAGGGCUGGAUAAGGUUGUGCCCAAGAGCAGGUGGGACGAAGAUGUGUUGGAGAACAACCAUACGGCGGUUUGGGGGUCGUGGUACGAUUUGGAGACGGCAGAGUGGGGGUAUGGAUGUUGCAGGAGCAAGGUUUGGAAUAGCUACUGUACUGGCGAGGCUGGUAUUGAAGCGAGUAAAGCUACUUUUGCGCCGUUGAAGGCGAAAGAGAAGGAGGAUGUGCAGGAGAAGAAGGAGAAGGGCAAGAAGGAAAGUAAGCGUAAGAGGGAUCGAUCGGUGUCCGUAUCGCCCUCUCGUUCUCGGUCGCGAUCUCCUACACCUUCCGACCUGAGUGACGCCUCCUCCUCCUCACGCCACACCCGCCGUCGUCGCCAUCGACACCGCCAUCGAUCCACCUCCCCAUCCUCCAACAGAACCACCGGCUACACCUCCCGCAAAGAUCUCGGCUCUGGAGACGUCACCUCCCGACUCGACAAGCAAGCUCUCAACGCGGCCAUCUUGCAGGAACGCGCCAAACGCGAUCCUCAACUCGCCGCCAAACUCGCCUCGGAAAAGCAAAAGGCUUUUGAAGCGCUACCGGACUGGAUGAAGGAUGCGCAACUCAUAAACGACAAAGUGCAACGAACUGGUACUGCGAGGGGCGAAAGGGAGACUGAGGUCACAGAGGAACAGCUCGAAGCGUAUCGCUUGGUCAAUCAGGCUACUUCCCAUGGCGGGGUGAGCGAGGAUCCAAUGGCGAACUAUCGUGAUGAGGAGGAUGACUAG